GAGUUUUCGGGGAGUUGCUGGACAGCCAUUGCAGUGUCGUGGCUCAGUAACAAAACACGAAGGAGGAGAGAAGGACCUGGCAUUUUGCAGGCUCUCUGGUUUUUUUGAGCAAGUGACCAAUUUACAUGAGUAUUAGAGCGAACAUACUUGUUAUAUUAAUCUACACCUAGAUAACGGGAUUCAACAGCUCCGGAUAUGUCAUUCCUAUUGGAGUGGAUUUCUAGCGGUUUCAAUAGCGUACUACAGUUUUUAGGACUGUAUAAGAAAUCCGGCAAGUUAGUAUUUCUUGGCCUGGACAAUGCUGGCAAAACGACGCUACUGCACAUGCUCAAAGAUGACAGAUUGGGACAGCAUGUGCCAACUUUACACCCAACCUCAGAAGAGCUGACGAUUGCUGGUAUGACUUUCACCACCUUUGACCUUGGAGGCCACGCACAAGCCCGCAGGGUGUGGAAAAACUACCUCCCUGCCAUCAAUGGCAUUGUCUUCCUUGUGGAUUGUGCAGACCUUGGGAGAUUGGGCGAAUCAAAAGCAGAACUUGAUGCAUUAAUGACAGAUGAGACCAUCGGAAAUGUGCCUAUUCUGAUCCUGGGCAACAAGAUUGACAGGCCAGAAGCCAUCAGCGAGGAGAAGCUGAGGGAAAUCUUCGGAUUGUACGGACAGACGACAGGAAAGGGCAAUGUUCCCUUGAAGGAGCUGAACACAAGACCACUGGAGGUGUUCAUGUGCAGUGUGUUGAAGAGGCAGGGCUACGGCGAGGGCUUCCGCUGGCUCUCCCAGUACAUCGACUAAAGAAGCCAAGCCCCGUGACACGCUGACACCACCACCACCACGAUUAUCAGGGCGAGCGCUAAAUCCAACCAUUCGAGUCGCCCACCGUUGCCACCAGUACCAUCAUGCUCAGCCCCACGUUCGGUUAAUCAAGUCUACAUCCACCUUCAGAGAAACCAGUACAACUUGAUCCCAAUAGACUUUUAUUGGUCGAACAUUUGGUUCUGCACUUACAGCAUUCAUACCUGUACAUGAACACAGUUGUUUCCAUCUCUCGCUUUUUUUUUUUCUUCCCCUCUUUGAAAGAGUAACAUAGCAUUGGUUCCACAGCAAAGGGUGUUCAAAUUCAAGCGGAUGAAUCUUUUCUAUGUUGUCUGUCCUCUGCUGCCCCUUUCUCCCUCGCUCCCUGCGAUCUGUUGAUAAUGAUGAUAGAUGCAUUAUAAGUGUAAAACUGUACAUGAUUCCAUUUAUAUAAUCAACAAUCCAAUGCCUCUCCCCCACCCCCUCUUCAACAACAUGUUAAACAAUGAGAGAGAGCAACAUAGUUGUAUACAUUGCAGUACACUUUUUUAACAGUAAAGACAUUCAACAUCGUAUUUAAUCGCAGUGUUUUUGUUUUUGUUUUUCUUGCUUUCCCCACAUGGUUUCAAUAACUAAAUGAAGUGGCCACAUGCACACCCCCCACUCUAUACAUGUGGCUGUUUUACCCAUUUAUUAAAAUGGAACAGUGCAUUGAUCUUGAUGUAUCAGAAAUGUGAUGAGUUUCUUUAGGUUAUUUGGAAGUUAAAAUACUCUCAUCCCAGGCUUCGUGGGCACAGUCACAUUAGAUUGAGUCAAAAUAGUCAAAAACACCCCUCCCCCCCCUUUUUUUUUUUUUUUUUUUUUUUUCUUCCUCCUUAAAUUUACAUAAGAGAAGCAUGGGGUGGUAACAUAACUAACAAGAGGAACGUUUUAAUAGAAGUAAUACUGGCUGUAACUCUGAUAAGGUUUGAAAUUGUGUAGGUAGCACAAUGGUCAGUUGAUGCAAGGAAGACUAUUUAAAUAAAUUAAAUGAACUUUGCAAUAAAUAUCUUUAUAAUAACAUGCAGUAAGAAAUGAAGCGAGGAAUAAAAUAAACAGCCAGAUGUAACGUCUAGUAGUCAUCACUGUUAGAAGUUCAUACUACAGAUGUACGUUCCUGCUCAGACCUUUUCACAGGGUUAAUCUAGUGACCAAGCAGAAGACACAUCCCACAGUGGGAAUAGGUAGAUGGGCUUAAGACACCUAAGAAAGGGACCAUAUAUAUGAAAUGUACACAAACAUCGUACAUGGAUUUUGUAUUUAUAAGUGGUAUCCUUUGAUCUAUGUGCAUUACCAGAUACUAUUAUGCAUGCCUUGUUCUUUUGAGUUUUUUUGUUUUAUUUACCAUUACUCCACAAUACAACAGGAGAGAAGGAGAUGCCAAAAUUCACUAUGAGAUGAUUGUUAUGUUUUUGUUUUUAUUUUGUAAGGAAACAAUGGAAUUGCGCAUAAUACAUACUUUUUUCUGUCCCUGUCCCUUUGUGUCUCUUUAAUUCCCUCAUGACAAGAUGAUGAGCUAUUCCAGCAAGGGUGGGACUUACUGUUGUUUGCAUCAUAUGAAAUGUAAUAAAUGUUUGCAAUGAAUAACAGGCUAAACCUUGAUCCCCAA